UAUAUAUAUACAUAUAUAUUUUAAACAAAAAAAAAAAAAACUUCAUAAUCAAUCUAUUCUUAAAAUGUCAUCCUACUUGUUAUUUGAAAUUCUCGAGAAUAUAUUUGAUCUUUUAAAAAAUGAUAUGGGAACAUUAUUUUCCUGCAUGUUAGUCAAGAGAUCAUGGUGUCGAAUUAUUGUACCAAUCUUAUGGGGUAAUUCAUUUAAAUAUGUCAAAGGAGAAAAUACUAGAAAAUUAAUAGUUCUCUAUUUGAAAUUCUUACCAUCUGAAAUGGGUACUCAUUAUUUAGAAGAUCGAAUGUUACUAAAAGAUGGAAGGAAUUUAUUAUCAUUUAUUGGGGGAGAAUCAAAUUUUAUGUUUGAUUAUCCCAUUUAUUUAAAAGAAUUGGAUUGUUCUCAUAUUAGUCAAAUUAUUGAUGAAUGGUCUUAUUUAAUUGUAUCACAGGAAAAUAUUUCAUAUCCACAUCAAAGAGGAUUUUGUUCGAAAUGGUUUUCAAAUAAGCUUAUAAGAUUAUUCAUGAAAAAGAGUGUCAUGAUUAGAACCAUGAUAUCAAAUUCGGAUGAAUAUCAUUUUAAUGAAGUGUUUGCUUUUAAUAAUGGAGGAGAAAUUGGUGGAUUUAAAUUUCUUCAAACGCUUCAUCUUGAUUAUUGUUGUGAUGGACAUUCAUUAAGGAAUAUUACUGAUGUAUGUCAUUCUAUUGAAGAAUUAUGGAUUUCAUUAACUGAAACAAGUGUUAAUAUUGAUACAUUGAAUAAGUUGAUUUUAUCUCAAAGGAGGUUAAAAGAUUUCAGACUUCGAAGUGCGGUAUUCGUUAUGGAAUACUUCUUUGGAAUAUCUUAUGAUCUUUUGGAAGCUUUGAUGGUACAGAAAGGAACAUUACAUACCGUUCAAUUCUUUUGUUGUCAAUUUUUUAAAUGUGAAUCGUUAAAACCUUUAGCUGAAUGUACAAAUAUUAAACGAUUAGGUUUUUUCAAUUGUGAAGGUUUAUGUGAAGAAAAGAUCGAACCUUUAGCUUCAGGUUCUUUCUCAAAUUUACAAAUAUUAGCAAUGGCUGUAUAUAAGGGAUUUUCUACAGAUGUAAUCGUUAAUAUGGUCAAGAAUUCACAAGAAAAUCUUAAAAGAAUUUCUUUACCAAUGGCAACACCAAAUAAUCAUAUGAUAAAAGUAUUUUGUGAUAUGAUACCUUAUACAAAAAAUUUAAUAGGUAUUACAGUUUGUUUCAUAGCAGGUGAUAAUAAAAGUUUUGAAUCUUUUUUAUCACUUUUAGACGCUUGUCCAAAUUUAGAAUAUUUAUGUAUAGAAGGUGGUGAUACUGAAGGAAUUCCAUUGGAUUUUGAUGAUGAUGAUAUGAUCAUAGAAUUUAAAAAAUUAAUUAAAAUUAUGCCUCAAUCAGUUUAUCGUUUAAUAUUUUAUAAUAUUUCAAUAUCUUCAAUAUUAUUACAAACUUUUUUUGAUAAUUGUGUUGCAAAAAUUAAAUAUUUGGGUUUUUAUGAAUGUCCUUUAUUAAUUGAUGAACAUAUUAAUAUUAUUACGGAAUAUGUUAAAAAGUCUGAUGGUGAAUUAAAAAAUUUAAUAAUUAAUUGGUGUUAUCUUGUAAGUUAUUAUGCUAUUAAUAAUGCAAGAAAAGUUAUUGAAAAUGUUCAAUUUAGUGAUGUUGAACCUCAAGAUAUGGAAUUUACCGCUUGGUUAGAAUAAGGGGUAUUAAAUCAUAGAAGGUUUUUUACCAUACAUUGUUUGACUUGAUGGCCAAAGAUAAUAUUUAUAAUAUAUAUUUCAUAUUGAUAUUCUAAUAUCAAAGUAUAUUUGUAUAUAGAAGUUAUACAUAUUAUAGCAAGAAUUACAUGUUUUAAUAAUAAAAGGAUUAAAUAUAUCUGCUA